AUGACUCUCGGUAUUUUACCAAUACUCGAUACCCAACCUAUUUCAUCGCCAUACGUCACAACGAGAUGCCAUUCAUCUUCGUCACUACCACAACUGAAGAGGCAGAAGCCCAACAACAACAUGUUGUUGGACGGGUACAUGCUCAACAGAGAGCUUCGAUUUGUUAGAAAGAUUGGUGCCGGCACUUAUGGACUCAUAUACUUGGUGGAAAACAUCUUCACCAAGAAGCAGUUUGCAGCCAAGAUGCUCCUAAAGCAGCCACCCAAGUCAGUUGGCUCGUCGUCCCAAUUGAACAAGCACCAAAUCCAACAGCAAUUUUACUCAUAUUUCCUCAACCACAUAAUACCGAAGCCCGAGUCCUUGAGUUUCGACUAUAUCAAAAGCCAAGGACACGAGUGCCCAUUUUUACAAGAAAUCGCCUUGCAUUUGAAGGUGCACGAACACCAGAAUGUGAUUACCAUCCACGAAGUGUUUAACUUGGAGAACUUUGCCAUUGUAAUACUACUCGAUUACUUUGCACAAGGUGACUUGUUUGGCAACAUUAUUGACAAGCAGGUUUUCCAAAAGCAUCAGCCAUCCCACAACAAGCAGUUGUUGAUGAAGAAUGCCAUGUUGCAGCUCAUUGACGCUGUUGAAUACUGCCACCAAAACUCGGUUUACCACUGCGACUUGAAGCCAGAAAACAUCAUGGUGAGGUAUAAUCCCAACUAUGUGCGGCCCAAGGACUCGUCGAGCAUAAUUAAUUACAAUGAAAUUCACUUGGUGUUGAUUGACUUUGGCUUGGGCAUGGAGUCGGAUUUAAUCUGUUGCAACGCCUGCCGUGGCUCAUCUUUUUACAUGGCUCCAGAAAGAACAACCAACUUUAACACCAGCAACCUCAUCAAGUCACUCAUCGACAUGAAACAGUUUCCAUCUGUCAAAUCUGCAUCUAGCAACGAGUCAAACUCGAAAUACCUUCCAACAUUGGCCGGUGACAUCUGGUCAUUGGGUGUCUUGUUUAUCAACAUCACUUGUUCGAGAAACCCAUGGCCCAUUGCAUCCAUCACCGACAAUAACGAUGUGUUUAAGAACUACAUCCUCAACCAGAACAAGUCCAUACUUUCGUCAAUCUUGCCCAUCUCCCAGCAGUUUAACAGCUUACUCAACAAGAUUUUUCAACUCAACCCAAACAAUAGAAUAGAUUUGGUUAAAUUAUAUGAAGAGACUAUUCGUUGUGAUUUUUUUAAGGACGAUCACUACGUUUGUGAACCAGCUCACCAUGCUGUACGCAACAAGAACAAUGUGCAGUUGUUUACACCACCAGAGUCUUCAGCCUACAACUCAUACGCUAGUGAGAUUGACGAUGAUGAUGAUGAGUGCGAUGAAGACGAAUACUACACUGACGAUGAAGAGUAUGAAGACGUUGAAGAAGGCGACGGUGUCGACAACGACAACGACGACCAAUAUCAACAGCAACCAAUCACCCCUACGGAAGAAGAAUCAAAACACAUUAAACAAGAUCACUUCUUUUCCAAAGCUUAUGCCAAAAAGCUUGCCAACUUGCCCAAAUUUGCAUUAGACGCUAUCAAUUAA